UCAAAGAGUUGCAAUGCAUUGACAGUGAUCGCAAGUCACUCUAUUGUGUCUUUGCUGGAAUGGCCCAAGAAGAAGCUGACAGACUUGUGCAUACCAGGCUACCAGGAUGGUUUUAUCCAGAAACAGGAAGACCUUUGGAGGAAACAUUUGUAAGGAACCUGAUUGGAGAAAAAUACCAGCAACUUAUUGAUGAACUUUUUAAUGCACUAAGAGAAGAAAACAGGGAAACACUUGCUUCCUAUCUACUGCCAUACAUCCGUAAGGUUAAAAAAUGUCUACCACCACAGAUUGAUGAAAAUUUCUACCCACUUCCUACAGUCUUCCCCCAUGGCCUGUGCAUUAUCAUAAAUGUUAAGAAUUUCAUGAAACCGAGAGGAGAUCAUGAUAAUAUACCACUGAAUGAGCGGCAUGGGUCAGACAUUGACAAGCAGCGACUUACAGGCACUUUUAAGUUGUUUGGGUUCCAUGUCAUGCAUUUUGACAAUCCUGACUAUGAACAAAUAAACCAAUACUUCAAAAGGCUUCGUGUUGAUGCCCGACUGGCUGUUAUUUCCUGCUUGGCUGUAUGUGUUAUGACGCAUGGAGAUGAACAAGAUCAGAUCUACCUCCAUGAUCGUUCUUGUUUCUCAGUUACCGAUCUUAGAAAACUUUGUUCUAGUCGGGUUCUACUUAACAAACCUAGACUUUACUUCGUUCAGGCAUGUAGAGGAGAAGAGGCCCUGAGACCAAUAUUUCUACAACACGAUGGCUCAGUUGUUGCUCACCAGGAGAGUGACUGCCUCAUUUCACAAGCAACAGUUAGAGGAUACUCUGCAUUUAGGAAUCAGAUGGAGGGAUCUUGGUAUAUCACUGACCUGUGUCAAGCCUUACAAGAAUAUGGUCACAUCCUGCCAAUCAAGAAUGUGUUACACAAAACAAGGAAGAAUCUGAAGGAACGUGUUGAAAGCAUGAAUAAUACAUAUAUAACUCAGCUUUCAGAGGAGAAGGAUACCUUAACCAGGGAUGUUCAACUGGUGAGAGCUGACUUGGAUCAUUUUACCGAUGGUCUCAUGGAUCUGAUUGAGCUAGAGGUAACAGAAAAACUUCUGGAGGAAAAACUGGAUGAAGCUUUAUGUGACAUAUUUAACCAAAAUGUAAUAGCAGAUAUAAAUCACCAGCUUGGAGCAUUUAGAAUGUAACAGCAAUUUCAUUGCUUUAUGGAAAUAUCACAUGGUGUAUAGUUCUUUCCAAAGGAUCAGAAGUACCUAUGAUUGAAUUUUGUAUAUAUUUUUUGUGGCAGAUCCAAACUUUCAGCCUAUAAUGUAAUAAACUGCACUACCGCAACAGGUGUAUUAAACAAUAUGUGAAUGAAUUAUGCAACGAUGCAAAUGUAAUUGUGCUAAAAUUGCUUUCAAAUUACAAUAUCCAUGUAUAUAUACUAAAUGUUUAUACCAUAUUCACCUUGUGGAAACCCUAAAUCCUAAUUACUGUUGAUUUUAUGUUUAUAUUAGUCUACAUAAAAGGGCCAAAUUUUUCUCCAGAAUGCUUAGAAAAUGCCUCUAAGUAUGUUAAGACCCACCCCCUUUGUAACAUCUUGGAUUUGCAACAGUAUAUAUAUUUGAGAUAUGUUCCAGUCCUUGUUUGUAAAAUACUUCUGUCUAGAAUUUUUAGUUUUCAUACUUUGUAUGAAAUAUAUAAAUAUCAUUAUAUAUGAUAGAUAUAAAUAUAGUUAUGUCUAAAAAAUAGAUAUGAUCAUUUAUGAUAAAUAUAAGUAUAAUUGUUCAUGGUAGCAAUAAAUGUAAUUAUUCA